AAGUUGAUAGUGACUUAACUAAAACUAAUAUAUAACUUCAAACUACUAUCAAAGUUACAAAAACUCAGUGACCAAAAUGACAUGUUUUUAAACGUUUGGUGACCGUAUUUCUACCUCUCCUUUGUACCUUAGUGAUUUUCUUGCGUGGAAGCACUCACGAAAGAAAUUUGCCACUGUUCCCCCAUGAAUCCUCGAGCCAUGAAAGGCUGAAACAAACAAAAAUGGAUCUUAUCCCUUACGCAACAUUGAUGCAUGUAUUCAUACCUGCAAAUGCUUGGGGCUUACUUCUAAUUUCAGUUCUACAAUGACUCAAAUGAUUUCUUCUACUUUCAGUUUAUGAAAUUUAGGGAAACAGGGAGUACUCAAACUUCUAUUGCGAUGGGGGAGUAUAAUGGUGCUGAGUAUAUAGGUAUUAAUGAAGUUCCUUCUCCCAGGGUAAAUCGCGGUAAAAAAAUCUCACUUUUACCUCUGGUUUUCCUCAUAUUUUAUGAGGUAUCGGGAGGACCAUUUGGUGUUGAAGAUACCGUGAACGCUGCUGGACCUCUACUAGCUCUUGUUGGGUUUUUAGUAUUCCCAUUCAUAUGGAGUAUACCAGAAGCUUUAAUAACUGCAGAGAUGGGCACUAUGUUUCCCGAAAAUGGUGGGUAUGUAGUGUGGGUUUCGUCAGCUUUAGGACCCUAUUGGGGUUUUCAGCAAGGUUGGGUGAAAUGGCUAAGUGGGGUUAUCGACAAUGCCCUUUACCCUGUCAUGUUAUUAGAUUAUCUGAAAUCGGGGAUACCUGCGUUAGGUGGCGGUCUUCCAAAGAUACUAACGGUGUUGGCCUUGACGAUAGCCCUAACUUACAUGAACUAUAGGGGUUUGACCAUAGUGGGAUGGAUAGCUAUUCUGCUUGGGAUUUUCUCGAUACUUCCUUUUGUGGUUAUGGGAUUCAUUUCGAUUCCAAAACUACAGCCUAAAAGAUGGUUAGUGGCGGAUGUUCACAAUGUGAACUGGAAUUUAUAUCUGAAUACUCUAUUUUGGAAUCUGAAUUAUUGGGACUCUAUAAGUACACUUGCAGGAGAAGUAGAAAAUCCAAACAAAACUCUGCCAAAAGCUCUGUUUUAUGCAUUGAUUCUAGUUGUUCUUGGGUAUUUCUUCCCUUUACUGACUGGUACUGGUGCUAUUCCACUGCAACAGAAUUUAUGGACUGAAGGUUAUUUCUCGGACGUCGCAAAAAUUGUGGGCGGAGUAUGGUUGAGAUGGUGGAUUCAGGGAGCUGCGGCAAUGUCGAAUAUCGGUAUGUUUGUGGCAGAGAUGAGCAGCGAUUCUUUUCAGCUACUCGGGAUGGCUGAACGAGGGAUGCUUCCCGAGUUCUUUGCCAAAAGGUCUCGUUAUGGUACUCCUCUUGUUGGGAUACUCUUCUCAGCUUCUGGUGUGGUUUUGCUUUCAUGGCUGAGCUUUCAAGAGAUAGUAGCUGCAGAGAAUUUCUUGUAUUGCUUUGGAAUGAUAUUGGAAUUUAUAGCGUUUGUGCGGCUAAGAAUUAUAGCCCCUACCUCCCCUCGGCCUUACAAGAUACCAGUUGGAACAAUUGGGGCCAUUCUAAUGUGCAUUCCUCCAACCAUGUUAAUUUGUGUAGUCUUGUUCUUCUCAUCGCUCAAAGUCUUGAUUGUAAGUCUAGUUGCUGUUGCAAUUGGACUUGUAAUGCAACCAUGUCUCAAGCAUAUUGAGAAGAAGAAAUGGCUUAGAUUCUCCACAAGUUCUGAUCUUCCCGAUAUGCAUGCUGCUACUCGUGAGAACGAUUCCUUAAUUGACUGAUAAAAUUUCAUAUGCGAGCAAGUUGAUCUUCUGUGGUGCAAAGAAAAUCGCGUUGGUGGUGAAAGUUGAUCGCGGAUGCAAAGUUUCUUUUCAAUUUUUAGCUGUUGUGCCCCCCUCCUCCUCCUCCUCCUUGUAUGCUUUUUCAUUUAUGAGAAAUAGAUAUUUGAAUGGUAUUUGGAGCAAUCGAUUGAAGAUGUUUGAACUU